UAAUAAUAAUAAUAAUAAUAAUAAUAAUAAUAAUAAUAAUAAUAAGCAGAAAAGUAACUAUAAUGGUGUUUUAGCAAUAUUAUAUUGAGGAGGAGGAGGUGGUAGGAGAAAUACCGGUAUUAGAAAAUGACAACAUUGCAUUUGAAGUCUCCAUUACAUUUGAGUAUCUGGAGGUGUGACUGUGGGCAUGGUUCAUUAAACUUAUAGACACACCUACUUAUUAAUGGAGCCAUUCAAAGAAGCUAGAGCUGAUGUCAUUACAGAAUUUAUAGAGGCUGCCAUACACUCCAUACUGUAUGUCAGAGGAGUUUAUCCAGCAGCUAUUUUUAAACCCAGAAGAAAAUAUGGGACAACAGUACAUAUGUGUUGUCAUGCCGAUAUUAAUCAAUAUAUAAUUAAAAGUCUAAAGACUGUCCAUUCAUUACUACUAGAGGUGAGGGAUAAUGGUUUAUUAAUUAGGGGGUCACUUGAAAAAGUUGAAAUACCAUUAAUGAGUAAAAAUUCCAUCAUUGAAGUGUUUCAAUUUAUUUUAAAAUUUCCAGACAUUUCAGCAAUAAAGAACGACACCUAUUUACUUGAGGUUGAAGAAUCGCUGAGAUCAGCAUUACUCAAAAUCAGUAUCAGUGACGUACUAUGUAAGCCACGCCUACAGGAGCUAUCUGACCACACCCAAUUAGACAGUCCACCAUUCACCAUAUUAGUACACACUGAGAAAUCUAAAGCAGCUAACCUGACACACCAGCAAGAGGAGGAAGGGUUUCCAUGGAUACAGGUCAACCCACAAGAGUAUGACCACACCUCCGUCUUUCAGCCGCCCACUCGUAAUCCAAUGAAACUGACGCCAAUCAAGUCAAUCAGCAACGAAAUGUUACAGAUGGAAGUACAGCUAGCAACAAAAGAAAAAGAAUAAUAAUAAUAAGAAGAAGAAGAAUUUUUUUAUGGAGACAGAAGCACCAAAAAAACAAUAAUAAUAUAAUAAUAAUAAUAAUAUUA